GAAUUAUAGGGUCGUCCAUCUCUCUCGUUCUUCAACUCGUUCCCAUAGUGGUAUCCUUGUCUGGCGGUGUGGCGGUGUACUAUUGAGCCGAUACUCUAUGCUGUGGUAUCCAUCCGCGUUCUAGUGUGCUUUUGGAAAAAAAAACACCACCACCGGAGGAGGUCGCAGAGUGAAAAAAGAAAAGAGAAAGAUUUUUCUCCGCUGUGUUCGGUGUGCUGUGCGCUCGUCGUCGUCUGUCUUUUUGGUAUCGCGGUUCGCGUCGUCGUUGCAUCGACAAUAAAAUCGCGACAAAAGUGGCUAAGGUGCCCGUACGAUUGUUGGUAAUUUUUAAACAACCUUGUUGCGGUAUUUUGAUUUUCGAUCCGUUUGGUAAAUUGAAGCAGCCAUUAUUGAAGCCGAACGAAAAGCUCGUAGGCGCGGUUUUAAAAGCCGUCGUAGAAAACAUAUGGUGCUACGUGAAAUACAACCACUAUUACUGUCCAGAAAAAAUUGGAGUUUGCACGAGAGUGCGAUAUCAUUUAGUUUACAAGCCGCAAGGUGUAUGACUUCCUUUGGGUAUCAUUUUCCUGUUGUUUAUAGGACUUCAAAAUUUUCCAGUACCCGACAUAGAAAAUCUCAGCCGUUUAGGGAAACGUGAAGAAGUAGAGCAGUUUAAUUUCACCAAUUUUUAUGAGUUAAAUAAGGAAAAACAAUCUUCGACUAUCGUUCUUUCUCGCGGCGCUUGGAAUUUUUCAAGAUAGGCAACAAUCAUGGGAAGUCUAAACGUGAACCGACAUGUCAGCGAUGCUUUCUACCGCUACAAGAUGCCAAGGCUUAUUGCAAAAGUCGAAGGAAAAGGGAACGGCAUUAAAACCGUCAUCGUUAAUAUGAUCGAGGUUGCCAAAGCUAUCGGACGUCCGCCAACGUAUCCCACGAAAUACUUCGGCUGCGAACUCGGAGCUCAAACGCAAUUCGAUUUCAAGCACGAUCGUUUUAUAGUAAACGGUUCGCACGAGGCGAGUAAAUUGCAAGAUCUGCUGGACGGAUUCAUUCGCAAAUUUGUACUAUGCCCGGAUUGCGAUAAUCCCGAAACGGAUCUUAUUGUCAGCGCUAAAAAGCAAACCAUCAACGUCGGAUGCAAGGCUUGCGGACAUCACGGCCUUUUGGAAUAUAACCAUAAAUUGAACACGUUUAUUUUGAAAAAUCCUCCAAACUUAAAUCCGGCAGCUCAAGGAUCUUCAUUGACGGAAGGUAAACGCGCCAAGCGUUCGAAAAAGCAAAACGACUCGGUGAACGGAGACCGCUCGAAUUCUCCAAACGGCGAUGAGGAAGGUGAUCUCAUUGUACAAGCUCCUGAGAAAAAACCUGACCAUAACGAGGACGACGAUUGGGCUUUGGAUGUAUCCGAAGAAGCGGUCAAGACUAGACGUCAAGGACUCACCGACGGCGUCAAAGGAUUGACCAUCACUGAAGAUUUGGAGAAAUCUGAAAAGGAAAGGGUUGAUAUCUUUUACGCCAAGGUCAAGGCUGAUCGGGAUGCUGGAACGUUAAACGCGAAGGAAACCGUCGCCGAAGCCGAUCGUUUGGAAAUCAAGCAAAAAGCUCCGCUCAUUUUGGCCGAAUUGUUGUUCGACGAAAAGAUCCAUGUUCAGAUUAAGAAACAUCGUAACUUGUUGCUGUAUUUCACCCACGAUGAUGAAAAAGCUCAGAAGUAUUUAUUGGGAGGUAUCGAGCAAGUUAUUAAUCUGCACAAAGAAACGCUGUUACCAAAGACUUCUCCCAUCUUGAAGCUAUUCUACGACGCUGAUAUCUUGGAAGAGAAAGUGCUGCUGGAUUGGGCUAGUAAGGUCAGAAAGAAGUAUGUGUCCGCCGAAGUUGGCCAGGAGAUUCACAAAGCCGCCGAACCGUUUAUUAAAUGGCUUAAAGAAGCCGAAGAGGAAGAAGAGUCGGACGAAGAUAGCGAAGAUGAUGUAGAAAUUGAGUAUAACGACAGACCGAAUGCUACUACUUUGAAAGCACAACCGGCAAUAUCGAAAAACAACGCGAGCAAAGCUGACGUCCAAGAUGAUAGCGAAGAUGAUGUCGAUAUAGAUGCUAUUUAAGAUACAAUACCUUUACGUUUCCAUUAUUUUUCUUUUCCUUAAGCAGGUCCUUUCUCCCUCUAUCUACAUUUUUUUUCUCUCUUAGCAAUCCACACAAAAUUAGGUCCUAUUUUUUUUACAUACCUUUAAUUUUCCGUUGGAAUUGUUUUUUUUUCAGUGUAAAAUUAAGAUUAACUCGCGUAUUUAUAGAUUUCCGUGUAUCCACUUUAAAUAGUGUGUUUAUUAUUUUUAUUUUUUCGCAGGUUUUACAUGGGAAAUGACAACACGAAAAUUAUUCAAUUUAUUGUAGUCCUCCUUUCCUUUCUAUAUUUCCUUUUUUUUUCAAUUCUGUCUGUAAUUUUUUUCUCUCUUUUUUUAGACGUAAUAUUAAGCGUAUCUCUGAUGUUUAAUGGGGUUUGUCAUCUUUAAAUAAAUUGCUUUCAAAUUAA